AUGCCCAAUAUCAAAAUCUUUAGCGGCAGCUCCCACCAGGAUUUAUCCCAGAAGAUUGCCGACCGCCUGGACCUGGAGCUAGGUAAGGUGGUGACCAAGAAAUUCAGCAACCAGGAGACCUGCGUGGAAAUUGGCGAGAGUGUGCGUGGAGAGGAUGUCUACAUUGUUCAGAGUGGCUGUGGCGAAAUCAACGACAAUCUAAUGGAGCUUUUGAUCAUGAUCAAUGCCUGCAAGAUCGCUUCAGCCAGCCGUGUUACAGCAGUUAUCCCAUGCUUCCCUUAUGCCCGGCAGGAUAAAAAAGAUAAGAGCCGGGCCCCAAUCUCAGCCAAGCUUGUUGCAAAUAUGCUGUCUAUAGCAGGUGCGGAUCAUAUCAUCACCAUGGACCUACAUGCUUCUCAAAUUCAGGGAUUUUUUGACAUCCCCGUGGAUAAUUUGUACGCGGAGCCAGCUGUCCUCAAGUGGAUAAGGGAGAAUAUCUCUGAGUGGAGGAACUGCACUAUUGUCUCACCCGAUGCUGGUGGAGCUAAGAGAGUGACCUCCAUCGCGGACCGGUUGAAUGUGGACUUCGCCUUGAUUCACAAAGAACGGAAGAAGGCCAAUGAAGUGGAUCGCAUGGUGCUAGUAGGGGAUGUGAAAGAUCGAGUGGCUAUCCUUGUAGACGACAUGGCUGACACUUGUGGUACAAUAUGCCAUGCAGCUGACAAACUUCUCUCAGCUGGAGCCACGAGAGUUUAUGCAAUCUUGACUCAUGGAAUCUUUUCGGGCCCAGCCAUAUAUCGCAUCAACAACGCAUGCUUUGAAGCAGUAGUAGUCACCAAUACCAUACCUCAGGAGGAUAAGAUGAAGCAUUGCUCCAAAAUACAGGUGGUUGACAUAUCCAUGAUCCUUGCAGAAUCCAUCAGGAGAACUCACAAUGGGGAAUCUAUUUCCUACCUGUUCAGCCAUGUCCCUUUAUAA